ACAGCACAGCCCAACCCAAGGCCGGGGCCAGACAGCGGGGGCUUGGACAGGAGCAAGGUCCAAGGGCGGCCAGGUGCCAGAAGCCCAGGAAGCACAUAUCAAGGCUCCGUUGCCAGCGGGGUGCUGCCAAUAAAAUGUAGUCAUGUGGAAUUUGGAACGUGGAAAGGAGGUAGAAGUCAUCCUUUCCUCCCCCGCAGCAGCAGGUGUGCAGGCUCUGGUGGUCAGCUGGACUCCAUACUCCCCCACCAGUCACCAACCUGGGGACCGUGGGGCUGCAAGGACAUCACCAGCAGUUUCCCCAGUUUCCUGACUUCUUCCAUCCUCUGGAAAUCAGCUGUGAUGGAAACUGUGAGGGCCUGUCAUUUACCCCGCGUCCCUGUUGAAGAUCUCGUCCUCAUUAGAAGAUUCCUUGUCAUGCAGCUUCUGUGCCAUGUUUUUCAAGCGCGUGACACUGACAGCAAUGAAUCCUCCAAUGUACCUGAGUCGCACUUCGUGAUGAGCAUCUCCAAUGUGCCAGAAAUCUGAAAAUGC